UUACUUGAAAAAGUGUCAUUUGCAUGUCAUUUGCAUUUCGAAAAAUUGGAUACCAUAAUUAUGCCUAGAUGAAGAGACUAUGUUGAAGUGUGUGUCUCGAAACAAACUAAAACUUCUCUGGCGAGAAAGAAUUCCUCACUUCCCUGUCCUUGGACUUGAUAUCCCGGGCACGAUGUUCUCGAAACCGUUCAGAGUGAAGAGCAACAUUAUGUUGCGCAAUUCAGAUAAGCGCAAGUUGCGUACUGAUCUAGAGUCCUGCUAUGGCCCUACUUUUGCUAAAGCAGCAGAUUCUCUGCUUCCAGGGAAAUCUACUUUGACGUUGGUGACGGCUGUUUUGCAUCGCGAGGACGAGACGAGCAUCUUUUGUGUGGAUGGCGAGCCAGCAUUCUUCAUGAGUCAGCCUGAGAAUGUGAUUCUCCCAACUGUGUACACACUGUGGAAGUGUCCUGGUCUUGCUCCUACAUGGUUCACUGGAGAGCAGGUGGUGGGGAAACUGCAGGGUGGUGCUGACUUAAUGCUUCCCGGUGUCAUCACUAGAGCCGGUGCAACCGAUGCUGGACUUGGAGAGUUUCCAGCGCGUGCCCCGCGCAGCGUUGCCACUCCAAGCAACCUUGCGUCCGUUGGUGUCGGUGUGACAGCAGUGGCAAGCUCAGCUAUUGCCACUCAGAUUGCCAACUUCUCCAGCGUGCGCGGUAAAGGCAUAUUGAUGAAACACACCGUGCUUGAUCACCUAUGGCUCUAUGGUUCCAAAACUGCCCAGCCGCACAUCUCUAUCGACGACAUUGCCGAAGAGACACAGCAUGCUGGAUUCGAUACUCUAGGCAGCGAUAAGCCAGGUGAAGCGGACUCCAGUGCACAAUCUAUGCAGCAAACUAGCGCUGCAACGGCCGAUUCGGAAGCAGCUUCCGGAGCAGUGGUCGCAGCUGCUGAUGAUGAGGAGGCUGGUAGCGAAGUGUCUCGGGUUGAGCAGAUGGACGUGCUUCUGGAGAGGUGCUUUCUGCUAGCUCUUGCCUAUCGUGUGCGCAAAGUCGACCUGCCUGUGUUGACAAGUCAGUUCUACAGGACCCACAUGCAGUCCUGCUGCCAGGGGGAUGAACAUCUAGAAAUCAAACACAGCAGCCACAAGAAAGUGUCACGCUUCCUGGCGGCAAUGGGUGCAAAGUUCACUGGCUGUUUCACCGUCAAGGAAACGUCUAAAGGAGUGGACUCGGUCACGGAUGUGAACUGGUCACACCCAGCUAUUAGACAAGCAAAGUCUGACUUUGGUAGCCUACUGCCAUCUUUGGAUGAGGAUAGUCCCGCUGCUGAAGCCAGUGCACCGACUUUCAGUCUCUACUUAUCGCCUUCAGUGGACUUGAUGCCGGUAUUCUCUGCCUCUGGGUACGCCAAAGAUUCCUUGCUUACAGAUAGCGACAUCAAGGAGGCUGUCACAAAGUAUGUCCGCUCUAAUGACCUGGUGGACGAGGCGAAGCGUACCCACAUACACUUGAAUGAUGCCCUCAGCAAAGCGCUCCGGAAAAAGGGCGAGCCGGCACCAACAUUGCUACGCUGGGACGAACUGAUGCGUGGGGUCAAGGCAAAGAUGCUGCCUCGCCAUGAGAUUGUCACUUCGUCUGGAAUCAAGGUCAUGCACAAAGGCGCGCUGCAGCCGAUCUCAGUGUCAACCGCUCUACGGACCGGCAACAAGGUCGUGACACUGAUCGACAAUGUCGAGGUUUACGGCAUAGAAGCCAAGGACUUGGCAGAGCGAAUGCAGCACGUAAUGGCAAGCAGUGCCAGCGUGCACAACAAAGCUACCAAGGGCAAGGCUGACAGACAGGUGCUUGUACAGGGAAAUGCUGUCAGAGCGGUUACCGACAUGCUUCAAGAUCACUACAAUGUGCCACAGCAGGCCAUCACCGUGCAGCAGGGAAAGUCGAAGAAAUCGGGCGGCAAGGGCAAAAAGUGAGGUCUGCUGCCCACUUGCCCGCCGCCAGCAUACACGUUCCGCUGUACCAUGGAUGGCUGCUGUACUAGCUAUGCCGCCCCUGCUCUGGUUCUCUAUAGUACACGGGCAUGUACCUCAUACAUACAGCAACCACGCAACACAGUAUUUUAAAAUAACUUUCAUUAAAAAUUCAAUUUCGGCAUCAAACUGACCAGCAGCAUAAAAAUCUACAGCAUAAAAGCGACUGAAAUUCAUAUAACCUUUCCUGUAGUAUGAGCGGCUGCCUUGAGAGCGCAGUGAAUAUUGAUAUUGGCUGUGUGUGUUUGAUUGCUCAUAAAACACAAACCCAUUGUUGAGCUAGGAGUUUGCAUGGCAGACUAUUCUAAGAAUUAACGCAGUGAUUGAAACACUGAUGCUGGACAUGCUGUUACUCGAUGCUCCACAUCUCACUCUAAUUUCAGAAUUAUUUUUGUGCAGUCGUCA